UGAUCACAUUGGCAUAAUUAAUUUAGCUUUUGUCAGUAAAAUGGGUUAAACUGUUAGUGAGGCCAAAAUAAAGUAAUUGUACCUUAUUAAGAAAAUUAUCCCCGUUUUGCUAUAUACGGUGCAGAACCAUGGACUAUGACAAAAGCUUAUGAUAGCACUGCUUCGAGAGAAAGGUUUUUCACUUGAUCUGCGGUCCCGUAUGCAUAGAAGGUGAGUGGAGGAUAAGAUUAAACGACGAGCAGUACGGGCUGUACACAUGCUGUACAGCGGUGUAGAUUUAGCCAAAAGGAUAAAAGUCCAAUGACUGAGGUGGCUGGGCCCGGAAAGUCUUCGAAUCCAGGCCCACCGAACAGCGCAGAAGAGGAAGGCCGAAGAUCAGGUGACACGCGCAUGUGGAAAGCGACUUCAUUCAACUUGGAGUACGUAACGGGAGACAUUUAGCUUUUAACCAAACAAAAUGGAUAAGUUUGUUGAGUGAAGCCCUAGUUCACACAGGACUGCUGCACCACCCUAAGGAAGUAAGUAAACGAAUCGAAAUGAAAAAAUAAUAUGGCGGAGGGUGUGGAAGAAACAGAGAGCAGUAGUCAUCAAAGUAAAGCUGAUACUCCAACUAUGUUAGGAACUGUUCUACCUUGUGAAGCAACAAUUACCGCAUCGUUAGGCGGUAUUAAACGUGAAUUUGACUCAGCACCUACGACACCACUUGGCGGCAUCACCUCUGGAGUCGGAAUAGCUACGGUUUCACACCUGCAUACCCCUUCACCGUCAUCACCACCCUCUCAAUUAACAACCAACAAAACGACUACAGCAGCGUCAGUGGUCACUAAACGUCCGGUACCCAAAAUAUCAUCUGCCUCAUCUAUAUCGUCUACAUCAUCGUCCUUAUCCUCUUCAUCUUCAUCAUCGUCUUCAUCAUCAUCGUCUUCGUCAAUAUCUUCAUCAGUAGCUACAACAGCAACAACUCCUGCUUUAUCCUCCGUGAAUGGGGCAACGGUUAACAAAUCACCAUCGCCAUUUCCGUCGUUGUCAUCAUCACCUCUAGGGUCCAAUAAUAGUCAGAAUCAUACACCUCACCUGCAACAACAGCUCACACAAUCACAGCAUCAACAAUAUCAAUCUAUCAAUAUAAAAGCUGAGGACUACGGUAAAGAAAUGACAAUUCAGAAAUCCUUAUCACCCGCCACCAAUCAUUCAUUAAAAGACAUAGAUUUUUACAAAAACUUCACAAACAACAUGUCUACUGCAUCAACUGGGAAAAUGGAGGGUCUAUCACCCUCUCACGACCAAACGGAUGCUUCAGCCUUAGCAGCGGCGGCUGCUGCAGCUCAUGCACACCUUAAUGGAACUAUGCAAGACAUGAUAAAUUUGCAAAAGUUACAAAAUUUAGCAACCCUGCAACAUCAACAUAACCAGCAGCAGCAACAACAACACAACCAGCAGCAAUCGGAUUCGCCGGUUGCCGUUCCUCCAGUUGCUGCGGCACUUGCUAGCCUUCAGGGAUUAGCUGGUAUCUCAUCUGCAGUACCUUUAAAUUCACCUUUGAAUUUGAGCAUAGGCUCAACAACAUCAGCAGCCACAGCAGUAGCAAAUUUAUCAUCAUCAACUGGCCCGACUAACAGUAUCAAUAAUAAUAAACCCCAUGGUCCACUUGGAUCAACGUCUACAUCAUCGUCAUCACCGCUGCCCGUUUCGUCAUUAUCUAUAUCUAUAACCGGUUCAACAGCGACAUCACCACCCCAUGGUGGUGACACUAUUGCCGGAGUGGGCAAUUCACCUGUGGCCAGUAACUUAAUUGCAGGUGGCUGUAGUCCACCAGCCGCUAGUGCACAAAUGCCACAAUUAAUUUUGGCAUCAGGACAAUUAGUUCAAGGUGUUCAGGGGGCACAACUGCUUAUACCUACCGCACAAGGAAUCGCCGUGCAAACAAUACUUACGAUACCCGUAAGUCAGCAAAUUAAUACCAACGAACAAUUUGGAAAGUUCGCAACACCAUUGCCCCCACCGCCACAAUCUCAGAGUCUUCUUAAACCAAAUCUUUUUUCAAAUGGUGUUCAGCAACUGUUAGCUGCGCUUCACCCUGAACUGUUUGCAGCUGCGGCAGCGAACCACCUUGCGAACGCUGCAGAUGCCCAUCACCAUCAUCAGCAUGCGGCAGUGGCGGCUGCAGCUGCAGCCGCCAAAUCUUUCCACAUGCAACAGAUAAAACAGGAACAACAGCGUGAUCAACAAUCACAAGCUCAUCGAGCGAGUCAACAGUUUCAGCAUCUGCAUCAUCAACAUCAACAACUUCAAUCUACUGACAAUCAUCACCUUUCGCCGAAAUUGGAAGCCACUACCAUAAACUCGCGUCAUUCGCCAUCACCACCACUUCACCAAUUUAACUCAUCGUCGCCUUGUGGAAGGUCGCCUUCAAUGUCACCACAGCCACCAGCAGGAAGUUCCCAAGCAAACAUGCCUCUUCACCUCAAACAAAGUCCUAAUCGUGAUUGCUCGGCAGGAAUAAAUCUAAGUCAUCAGCAACAGACAGCGAAGUCACCCGUGUCUCCUGCCUUAAUGGCGCUGAGCAGCGGUGGUAAUGGCAACAAUUGUCCUUCUGCGAGCAAUCAUUAUUCGUCCUCACCAAUGAGUUCACAUUUAUUUCGAAGUCACUCUCCUGCCGGCAGUCAGCAUCUAACUUCGAUGUCCACUCCAUCGCCAUCCAAUAUUCAACAUCAGUCACGAGAACAGCAGCAGAGAGAGCACCAGAUAGCGUCUGCGUCCAGUGUACUAAGUAGCAUCAAUAGACUUACAUCAACCAAUGGCGAAUUAACAAUAACUAAAUCCCAUGGUCCAAGUACAACCCAAUCGUCUUCUCUAUCGCCUCCGCAUCAUCAGUCGUCGUCGCUGACGUCGCAAUCGCAAUCGCAGCAUCACCAGCAACAACCGAAUUCUCAUCAUCCUUUACAUUCGGGUGGCGUUGGUGGUCACCAUCCGCAUCUGCAUUCUGGAGGAAAUUCGUUAAAAAUGAGUCCUUCAUCGUCGUCAUCGGUGGGGAUGCAACAACAGCAACAAAUCUCACCGAAUGGGACUGAUGGUUCGGGCACAGAUUUGCUGGUGGACUCACCACAUGAGCAAACCAUCAAUCAAGCGACCAGUAAUGUUGUGGAUGGCAUCGAUUUGGAUGAAAUUAAGGAAUUCGCCAAAGCAUUUAAGCUACGCAGGUUGUCAUUGGGACUGACUCAGACUCAGGUUGGUCAGGCACUGUCGGUGACUGAAGGUCCCGCGUAUAGUCAAAGUGCCAUAUGCAGUGCUCUAGCCGCCCAGAUGUAUGCAGCUCAAUUAUCAUCCCAACAACAAAAUAUGUUUGAAAAACUAGAUAUAACUCCAAAGAGUGCUCAAAAAAUAAAACCCGUCCUUGAAAGAUGGAUGAAGGAAGCCGAGGAAAGCCACUGGAACCGGUAUAAAACUGGCCAAAACCACUUGACAGAUUAUAUAGGUGUAGAGCCAUCAAAAAAAAGAAAACGAAGAACGUCAUUUACUCCACAAGCCCUAGAAUUGUUAAAUGCGCAUUUUGAGAGAAAUACUCAUCCAUCAGGAACUGAAAUCACUGGCCUCGCUCACCAACUAGGAUACGAGCGUGAAGUUAUUCGAAUAUGGUUUUGUAAUAAACGACAAGCACUUAAAAACACCGUUCGAAUGAUGUCAAAAGGAAUGGUGUGAAUUCAUAAUCAAUAUGGAUAUAAUAAUUCACAUUUCGUCGACUACUUAUACAAUGUAGAUAACUUAUUUCAAUAAUAUUUAGUUCCAUAAAUUUAACAAGUGGUUACUGAAAUACUUAAUUUUGAAAUUUGUUUUAACAAUAAUUAUCCUUUAAACUUUUCUUUGAGUAAUAAUUGUGAUAGUUACCUUAAAAGAAGCAAAAUAUGUAUACGAUCGAAUUUAAGUGGUCUUUAACAUAUCUAAAGCUUUGUCCUAAAUAUGUUUUUCAAAUUUAUUUUAGUAUUUAAACUGACUUUGAUAUUAAUAGAGAAGCUUGUAUAAAAGUGAAACAAUGCCAUAAAUAUUUAGCCUUAAGUAUAAGUAACAAGAAGUUUAACUUUUCUUAAGUAUGAAGUUUUGUUUAUUUUGUGUAUUGAAUUAUUUCAAGACCUGUGCCAUUCCAUUAAGAACAUUUGUUUCAAGUACGAAAUAUUUUAAAAAUCCCUAGUGUAUAUCUGUGUAAAUAAUAAGUUAGUAAAAACAAUGAAAUUGUGAACUAAAUAUUUAAAAAAUAUUGAAGUAUAAAAACAAAGAUUCCCUCUAGUAACAAAAUGUAAUUAAAAUUCUUAAACUGAAGCUUUUGGAAUAUCGGUCGAAAUUAAAAGUUUUAAAUGUAGUUUAGGGAUUAAUGUUGAUUAUAUAGAAACAAAUAGAAAAUACAUACAUUUUAUGUAUAAGAAUAUGUAAAAUAAAAAUAAUUUAUUAAUAAUAGUUUAAAAACUUUAAUAUUGCAAGGAAUACAAACAAAUAGAUAUAACCAUACAAAGUGUUAAAAAUAGGUAUUAUUUGUAAGUAAACAUAUAAAUAUGAAAAUAAUUAAUUUAAAACAACCCCAA